ACCGCGCAGAGGGCGUGGUCUGCGUGGUGACGUCACCGCGCUACCGAACCAACCCGCGGGUCUCGAAUCAACCACGCGAGGUUUUCGCCGGCGCGGAUUUCGUUCAUUUUCGUUCCUUUUCGUUCCGUUCCGUUCCCUUCAAGGAUCCUCCGAUGGCGCUCGAGUCGACGGUGAUUCAGGGCGAGAUCCUCACCAAGGACCCCGAGAAACCCAUCGACAGGGAAAAGACGUGCCCGCUGCUGCUGCGCGUCUUCACGUCUGACACGGGGCGCCAUCACCGCUCGGAAGACUUCACCCGGGGCGGCACACCGCCUGCCGAGCUCCAAAUCUACACCUGGCUGGACGCCACGCUACGUGAACUCACCGGCCUGGUGAAGGAGGUGAACCCGGAGACUCGCCGCAAGGGAACUCACUUCAGCUUCGCCAUAGUUUACCCAGACCCCAAGAGACAGGGCUACCGCGUGAAGGAAAUCGGCUCCACCGUGUCCGGCAGGAAGGGCCCGUAUGACUCCAUGACGCUCAGCUCCCAGAAGUUUCAGAUCGGCGACUUCCUUGAUGUCGCUAUCACCCUGCCGGGCAGAGUCGGGGCUCCGGCACCGCCCCGCGGGAUGUGGGCCUACUGAUGGUGGUGGCGGUGGUGGUGGUGGUGGUGGGCCUACUG